GCGGAGCUCAAGAGCCCAGGGGAGUCUCAAAGUUUGUCUGGAGCCGUAGUGGGGAGUGGGCUUGUCGCGCGAGGACUUUCCUGGGAUGAGAGCUGCCUUCUUGCCUGCCUUUUGGAUGCACAGCCCGAUUUAACCCCUGCACCUCCGGCCCGAGCCCGGCAGGCUUGUCCUCCCCGGGGAUUCACAGAGCUCCGAGAACACGGGUCCCGGAGCUCUCGGCGGGGCUCUCCCGGGUUCUAGCGCCAGUGCCUAAGUUCCACGCGCGCACACUCAAGCACUCACGGAGAGAGGCGUCUCGCCGGCCGGCCCGUGGCGGCUCUGAGCGGUCCCCUCCUGCCUCAGCAUCCCCGGCCCCGCGGGGCUCCCACCGCCAUGGAGGUGCUGGAAAGCGGGGAGCAGAGCGUCCUGCAGUGGGACCGUAAGCUGAGCGAGCUGUCAGAGCCCGGAGAGACCGAGGCCCUCAUGUACCACACGCACUUCUCAGAACUUCUGGAUGAGUUUUCCCAGAACGUCUUGGGUCAGCUCCUGAAUGACCCUUUCCUCUCAGAGAAGAGUGUGUCGAUGGAGGUGGAGCCGUCUCCCACAUCACCAGCGCCUCUCAUCCAGGCUGAACACAGCUACUCCCUGAGCGAGGAGCCCCGGGCUCAGUCACCGUUCACCCAUGUGACUACCGGCGAUGGCAUCAAUGACGAGGAAGUGGAGAGUGAGAAGUGGUACCUGUCUGCAGACUUCCCUUCGGCCACCAUCAAGACAGAGCCAAUCACAGAGGAGCAACCCCCAGGACUCGUUCCCUCGGUCACUCUGACCGUCACAGCCAUUUCUACUCCUUUUGAAAAAGAAGAGUCCCCUCUGGAUAUGAGUGCUGGGGUGGAAUCCUCGUGCCAGACAAUUAUUCCUAAGAUUAAGUUGGAGCCUCAUGAAGUGGAUCAGUUCUUAAACUUCUCUCCUAAAGAAGCCUCCGUGGAUCAGCUGCACUUACCACCAACACCACCCAGUAGCCACAGCAGUGACUCAGAGGGCAGCCUGAGCCCUAAUCCACGCCUGCAUCCCUUCAGCCUGUCUCAGGCCCACAGCCCUGCCAGAGCCAUGCCCCGGGGCCCCUCUGCCUUGUCCACAUCUCCUCUCCUCACAGCUCCACACAAGCUGCAGGGGUCUGGCCCACUGGUCCUGACGGAGGAGGAGAAGAGGACCCUGAUUGCAGAAGGCUAUCCGAUUCCUACCAAACUGCCCCUGACAAAGUCUGAGGAGAAGGCCCUGAAGAAAAUCCGGAGAAAAAUCAAGAAUAAGAUUUCUGCCCAAGAAAGCAGGAGAAAGAAGAAAGAAUACAUGGACAGCCUGGAGAAAAAAGUGGAGUCUUGUUCAACUGAGAACUUGGAGCUUCGGAAGAAGGUGGAGGUGCUGGAGAACACCAAUAGGACUCUCCUUCAGCAACUUCAGAAGCUUCAGACUCUGGUGAUGGGGAAGGUCUCUCGGACCUGCAAGUUAGCCGGCACACAGACCGGCACCUGCCUCAUGGUCGUUGUGCUGUGCUUCGCUGUUGCAUUCGGCAGCUUCUUUCAAGGCUAUGGGCCCUAUCCUUCUGCCACCAAGAUGGCCCUGCCCAGCCAGCAUCGCCUGUCGGAGCCGUACACAGCCUCCGUGGUGAAAUCCAGGAACCUGCUAAUCUAUGAGGAACAUUCUCCCGUGGAGGAGUCAUCCAGUCCAGCCUCAGCUGGAGAGCUUGGGGGCUGGGACAGAGGCUCCUCCCUGCUCAGGGCGUCGGGGCUUGAGGCCCUGCCAGAGGUGGAUCUUCCCCACUUCAUCAUCUCCAACGAGACCAGCUUGGAGAAGUCAGUGCUGAUGGAGCUUCAGCAACACCUGGUCAGCAGCAAACUGGAAGGGAAUGAAACGCUCAAAGUCGUAGAGCUGGAGAGGAGAGUGAACGCCACCUUCUGAGGAGCCGUCCCGCCCUCCUCUUCCCCUAACUCCAGCUGCGCGUCCCCAGACUGCCUUGCCCAGACGCUUCCCCUUCACCCCUGGAUCUUGAGGAGGGAUGUGGACUAGUGCUAGUGGCUUGAGAUGGGAGGCCAGCCUGGGGGUUUCUGCUUUACGUCCGUCCCCAAUGGCUCUACCCAGAAGGGAGCCGGCACCUCUCCAUCCCUUUCCCUUACUGCCAUAGGAAAUUAUUUUAGGGGUGAAGGAGGGGUGGGACGAGCAGGCUUGUUUCCACCAGUACCCAGAAGAUACUGCCUGAUUCUUCCCGGUGAGGUGUGACUCUUGCGAAGGAGACAGGACUCGUGUCCAGUUGAGACCCCAGACUCUGGCCACAAAUAUGCCACACACGCGCCAGGGUGUGGCAAAGCACUGACUUCUGACCCCUCUUGCUCACUGGGACUCCAGUGUGACCCUGCCCCCACUGAGAGUACCCAAGUGUCAUUCCAGUCUUCUCUCUCCCGUUCUGCCCCCCCCCUGGAGCCCUUAUUGGCUGCCGGCACAGGCAGACAGGACUCCCACCAUUUUUUCAGGCCGCAAGUGCAAUUCCUGAAGGCAUCAGGCUCUUCUCCUCCAGGCCACCCUGCCCACUGUGUUGCUUGUAGGAUACCCCCUGACCCACCCACCCACACACCACACACAGCCUGCAGCCCCACGGGACAGUAGCUCUGUCUCCCUGGCCUCCCCUUUCUAUUUGUAAAUAGUAUUUAUUAGCUUGCUGACGCUCCCCGCUGACCAUAGCAAAAUUCCAUGAAAGCGAAGUCUUCUGUUGGCCUUUGGAACAGGAGAGUCCCCAGGAUCUGGGACCCCUAGUAUUUCUAGUUGAUGCCUUAUUUUCUCCUUUUCCUUUCUUUUUAAAAUUGGGGACCUAUAAGAUAAUCACUGCUGGGAGGUUCCCCUUGAGCACGUGUCCCCUGUUGGAUGAAUACAUGGGGAGUGAUGGAA